UACCACAAUGAGUAAAAUGAUACUGGAUGAUGGAAGAAAGCUUACCCUUUUUUCAAGGGUGAUCUUGGUCCUGCCCCAGCUACUGUACCACCUACUGAAGAAACAAGCAAACAAGUCAAACUUGGUAUAAUCUCCGCAGGAUCAGUGGAACAAAGAGCCAAGCUCCAACAUUCCCAAAUCUUCAUUCAAACUUCACUACCAUCUCAAUAUGUCACACGCCAUGGAUGACGACGAUGAUGACCUCUAUGAUCCCGCUGAUGCGGUGCCGGUUACCAAUCCUAGUGAUCCUCGAGGGCCAUCAGCCGACGCUCCGAUGAACGACAAUGUAGAGGAGGAGGAAGAGGAGGUGGAGGAAGACGACGAGGAUGACUUUAACAUCAUCACAGAGGCACCUCCGGACGCGCCUCCUCCAGAAACUUCACAUCCUCGACAUGCUAACUUACGAACCGAGUCGCAACGCCCUACAUCCGCCGAUUCCACUUCAGCCCAGAAAUCUCAGACGCCCACAUUAACACCGAAGGUAGACACGUCUGCCUCAGUGCCUGCCGGUACUAGACCUACAUCACAAAAACCAGGAUCCGCUUACCCUCCAGUGCACGCGUCUAAUAUUGACGUGAACGCCAACCCGGUUCACCCAGCUACCGGCAAGCCAAUCUUGAUGACUGAUAUGGAUGCCGAUUUUCCCGACGAUGAUAAGCCAUGGAGGCGGCCUGGCACGGACUUAACAGAUUACUUCAACUACGGAUUUGACGAGUUUACUUGGGCAAGUUAUGUCUUGAAGCAACAAGAGUUACGAAAGGAAGUCGGAGAUCAGAAGAGGCAGCUGGAUGAUAUGCAGAACUUCCUGACUAUGGGGCUACCCCCAAUGCCUGGCGCCCAACCCGGCGCUGGGCCAGCUGCGGUUAGCGCACCGCCUCCGAUGCCUGGCAUGCCGGGAAUACCAGAUAUGAAUCCGGAUAUGAUGCAGGGGAUGUUGGCAUCAAUGAUGUCGCAAGGAUUAGACCCCUCAUCCAUGGAUCCCAUGUCUUUCAUGCAGCAUGCCCAAACGAUGAUGGGUGGGCAAUCCGGCGCAGGCGGCGGACAACAGGGCCAAGGGGGAUUCGGUGGCCAAGGUGGUGGUCAAAGCCAGAUGGGUUAUGGGAAUGCUGGAGGUGGUUAUGGUGGAGGCCGCGGGCGGGGGAGGAGAUGGUAAUGCAAUCGUGAAGGUCUAUUCGACUCAUUGGUCAUGGAAACAAGUAAUUCAUAUAAAAAGAGAAUAUAAACUGAGGGCCAACAUCUUAUCCACUUGCGCCACAGCAGUUACCGGACGCCGGAUAGCUGCGCUUUCGGCGGUAAGGAACUGCCGAAGCUUCUGUAAGCUCUUAGAAGACGACGAAUCGCUGAGUGCGUAAAGGAACCAGGCUGAUAUGAGCUGACUUAGC